UUGUUUUUUUUCUUCGUUGCCACAAUAUGAUUUACACGGUAUUUAUAUACUUUCCAAUGUGAACGAACUAAUCCUGAACGAGAAAAUUGUAUUUCAGGACCGUUAGCUUUUUUAUCGGAAGAGAGAGUGAAAAGUAUGGCUUAUUUUCAAUCAAAUGAAAAAACAGAAACUUCCACCAAAGCAAAAGAGUAUAGGCUCUAUGUGGCUAAUAUACCUGUGGAACUAAACAAGGGUGGCGUUUUGCAAAUUUUUAAGCAUUAUGGAACAGUAAAUGGACUUUUCUAUCUUCCAAAUACAACAUGGGCUUUUGUUACGUAUGGAACAUAUCGUGAAGCUGAAUGUGCUAUUAGAAAUCUUCAUGAUAAACCGCCAUUACGUCUACAAAUAUCAUUUGGUAAAAAAAUGGCAAUGGAAGAAAUAAACCAGGAGAAAAUAUAUAUUAAAGAAUCUCCAGAAAUUUAUGAAGAUAUAACGCAAGAUUAUCAAUAUAAUGAGAAAGCAUACAUAGAUAUUGUAGAAAAAGGAAACCACAAUAAUGCACUUUAUAAACGUAACUUUCUACCUAAAAUAUCUACUGAUAUGUAUCAUGCAAAUGAUGGUUUGUUAUAUCCAAUACCUACUGAUCAUUAUAUAUAUGAUCCAUAUGAGAAUGCAGAGACUGAUUAUAAAAAUACAUUAUGGGCAAGAGGCAAAAUAACAGUAACAAACGAUGGAAAAAGACAUGUUUCCUAUGGACGUGGUUAUACCGCAUAUGAAAUACCUGACACUGAAAUAUUGAUUAAAAAAAAUUAUGAUAAACGUGUUAAUGGUUUGUAUGAACAUGGACAAGAUGCUUUGAAACAAAAGUUAGGAACAUGUGUAUGUUGUAACAGAAUAACGCCCGUGAGAUGUGGUAAAUGUUAUGCCUUCUAUUGUAGCAAAGAAUGUCAAAUAACAGAUUGGCCACGUCAUAAAAUUGAAUGUCAACAAAUACCUACACUGAUAGAGGAUGUAAAAUCUUUAUCAACGUCAAGCAGCGAGGAACAAAUUAGCGUGACGAACUUGGCACAAGCUCAUAAAACAUUACGUCGUCCAAAACAAUCAAUAGAAGUUUUGUUGAAUAAAAAUGUAGAAAUCGGAAAUAACAAAUGUAUAGAACUUAAUAAUACUGAAUCUUCCGAGAAACAAAAUGUUGAGAAUAAUUUUCAAGUUAAGAAUAUAAAUAAAAAUGAUCAGAUAGAACAUAAAGAAUAUAAAUUGGAUACAACUGAAAAAGAAGUUGCAAAUAAAUGUACAAACAAAAAUAAUUUUGAUGUUAUGAAAAUUGAGAAAGAUAUAGUAUUUCAAAAAGACACAUUUUUAUCAAAAGCAAGAUUCACACAAGUUAAAAUCAUAGGAUUUUCAGGAAGAAGAGAAUUUUGGGUACACAAAGUGGACCAAGAUAUGAUCUUUCAAGGAAUGAUGCUUGAUUUACAAAAUAUAGUUAAGGAGAUGCCUAAAAUAGAUCCGAUUAUUGGUAAUAUAUACGGUUACAAAUUUGAAAAUGUGUGGUAUAGAAUAAAGAUAAUAUCUCUCAAUCCCACUAAGAUUUUUUACAUUGAUCAUGGCAUUACUGAAACCGUUGAAAUAAAUGAUUUUCGUGAAAUCAACGAUUUAAAGACCAUGAUACCAUUUACAAGAAAAAUUCGUUUAAAUAAAAAUACAAAAAAAAAAUAUGAAAAUUUAAAAAUAAAUCACGUAAUAUAUGUAAAGGUUAUUGCUUAUGAAGAAAGUGUGAUUAUUGUAGAUGUAAAAAAUGAAAAUGAAAAUAGUAACAAUCCAAAUGGAUCUUUCAAGUUCGAGUCACAAUCAAAUAUUAAAAGUUAUACAAAAGUAACUAAGGAUAGUACUUCUAAGAUUACUUCCAAUCUUUCUUCAGACGAAGAAGGAAAUAAAAACGAGGAUAAAAGAAAUAAAUGUCUUUCUCCAAAUACCAACAAAAACAAGAAUAAAAACGAGGAUAAAAAAAAUAAAAAUAAAACAGUACCACAUACCUUACCAAACGUGAUUGACCUUUUAUCAGUAAAUUUAUCUGGAUUUUUGAAAGUUAAUGUAGUACUCCAAAACAAAACAUAUGGGAUUACCCUUCGACCAAGCGAUUUGAAUUGUGAUUUCAAACGAAUUGUAACAGAAUUACCUGAAAAAUGUGCUUCUGUAAAAUUAAAUCAUGAAUACAAACCAAAUAUUGGAGAGUUAAUAUGUGGUCAAGAAGAGAAUGGUGAAUGGUAUAGAGGUUAUGCAGUAACUCUCCAUCCAAUAAAACAAUUUGCAAUAUUGGAUAAGACAAAAGUAAUACCUGUUAAGAAAAUUGUACCGUAUCCUGCCGAAUUUCUUAAUAUAUGCAUAUUUGGUGUUGUCUGUGAAAUAACUACAGAUAAUUUUAAAUUAUCAACAAAUAAUCAUUAUGAAUUUAAAGUAAUAAAUUGUAAAGAUGAAGUUAGCAUUGAAAUUCAAAUAGACGACAAAAAUAAAGCAACAGGUAUUUUAAGACGAUGGGAGCCAAAACCUGAACAAAGUGGCAUUCAGUUAUCUGAAUUAAAAAAUGGGUCUGAGGUUUGCAUUACUUUUUAUCACAGUCAUUAUUUAAUGUAUGUUCGCUCUCUGGAAACAGAAGAUUCAGAGAAAUUUAAUAAACUCAUGCAAAGGCUUGCAAAAUGUGCUCAAUCUGCUGAACAUCUCAAAGAGCCUCCGGUAUUAGGGGAGAUGAUAAUGGCACAAUACAUUGAUUAUAAUUUUUAUCGUGCAAUUGUUACAAAAAUACAGGGGGAAGAAGUAAAUAUUUCUUAUAUAGACUUUGGAAAUACUGAAAAAAUAUUAUGGAAGAAAUCACGAAUAUUACCUGAUGAUUUGAAAAUGCAUCAAUCAUGUGCCGCAAAAAUUUAUUUAAAAGAUGUACCAACUGAUAUUGUUAUGACCAAAGAAGUGACGGAUUAUCUUCUUGAUUUAAUAGGUAGAGAAGUACCUUUAAAAUGUAAUUUUGAUGGUAAAUCCUAUAAAGAUGGUGUAUAUUUAACUAUGGCAAAUGGAGAAAGUAUUAAUGAUAAAAUAAAAAAAUUGCUUGUACCAAGUUGGGAAAAAGAAAAUCAUGAAGAUAAUAGAGUUUAUCUGAUAAACGAUAUAAAUAUAGUUCCUUUGGGAGAUGUUGGUCAAACCGUUAAUGUUUUGGUCUUAUCGACUAUUAAAGAAGGCAUUGACUAUUUCAUGUGCCCUUUGGAUAUUGAAGUGAUAACACAUGUUCACGAAAUUUUGCCCUCAUUGAUAAAUAAAUACUGUGAAAAAACGGAUUAUUAUAUUCCUCGAAAGAAUGAGUUAUGUUUAGGUUUGUACAAUGAUAAUUGGUAUCGCGCAGUAUGUUUAUCUCCAACGGGACCGACAGGUAAAUCUAUUGUAUUUUAUAUCGAUUAUGGAAACUGCGAGGAAGUUCCACACAAAGAUAUUAGACCAAUGAUACAAGAUUUUUUAAUACCAUCUGCUCUUGCUAGCAUGUGCACCAUUGUUAAUUUGGCUCCAAAAGAAGAAAAUGGAUCUUAUUCUACUGAAGUGUUAAAAAGAAUAUCGGAAUUAAUUAAUCCCAAUGAAAUUUGUCUAGCUAAAAUCAUUGAUUUUGAUAGCGAAGGAAAUUAUAGGAUUGAACUUCCAGAUGAAAAAAAAAGGCUUCCGAUACAGGACAAAUACGAUGAAUGUUCAAAUAAGGUACCCUUACGAGGGUUUAUUACAUAAAUA